AUGAGAUCCUUUUGGGGAGAACGCGUCUCUGGCCACGUCUGCACCUCUGCUCUCCCUGUGCACUGCUACAUUUUGGGGAUAAUGGAGCCUCUCAGUCCUGGUGCAGAUCUCGGCCCUGAUCUGAGCUCUCUGUGUCGCUCUGAGGAAACAUCUGCAAGGAGGAAACUGGACAAAUCUGGAUCUCAAACCAGACCUGGUCCCAGCUGUGAGUCUCUGAAGAGCGACAGGUCCAAAGAUGCGAUAAUCAACUUUAAAAGGGGGAAACUGGACAAAUCUAGAUCUAAAACCAGACCUGGUCCCAGCUGUGAGUCUCUGAAGAGCGACUGGUCCAAAGAUGCGAUAAUCAACUUUAAAAGGAGGAAACUGGACAAAUCUGGAUCUCAAACCAGACCUGGUCCCAGCUGUGAGUCUCUGAAGAGCGAUUUGUCCAAAGAUGCGAUAAUCAACUUUAAAAGAUCCUUUUGGGGAGAACGCGUCUCUGGCCACGUCUGCACCUCUGCUCUCCCUGUGCACUGCUACAUUUUGGGGAUAAUGGAGCCUCUCAGUCCUGGUGCAGAUCUCGGCCCUGAUCUGAGCUCUCUGUGUCUCUCUGAGGAAACAUCUGCAAGGAGGAAAGUGGAAAAAUCUGGAUCUCAAACCAGACCUGGUCCCAGCUGUGAGUCUCUGAAGAGCGACAGGUCCAAACCGUUGUCAAUCGACUUUAAAAGGGACUCGAACCCUCACCCUGCUCUGAGCUGUGGCUCCAGCCUCAGUGACAGCUCUAAAGACUGGCUCGAAGAGUUUAAGAACAGUCCACCUGAGAACAUGGGGUAA